AUGCGUUUAAAAACUCUACGUCGUCCACGUCCCGCAUUUGAAACUGAAGGUGCAUGUAUUAGUGGAAAUAAAAUUGAUCUUACCAAUGAUAUUAAAACAAAAUAUUCUCAUACGGUACAUCAUACAGAUUCAAUAAUAAUAAAUAAUAAUAAUGAUAGUUCUCGACAAACAACAAAUCGUUCACCAAAAAAUUUAGAACAAAUACGACAAACAUUUUCAGCAUCAACUAAUACUACUCCACUCGCAUCUUAUCAAGCUAUUGAAGCAGCAUAUCUUGAACAUGGAAUUCGAAUACAUAUUUUAAAAAAUGAUAAAUAUGGUUCAUCUACAAUAAAAACAGCUAAUGAAAAUACAUCAUCUGUAUUAACAACAAAUUCAAAACCUAUUGUUCGUCAUAAAGCAUUUUUAUAUAAAAAACAACCAUAUAAUUCCCAACAACGAUCAACAAGUGUUUUACAAUAUUCAACAAAUGAUAAUGGUAUAGCAAAACUAGAAUCAAGUCAUACAAGACCAUUUAGUGAAUUACAAACAACAACAUCGACAAUGACAGAUGAUUUUGAUAAAAGUCAUAUAUUAAACGUAUCAUACGCUAUUGAUCAACAACCACCAUUAGAAAAAAUAUAUGGUAUUCAUUCAUCAUCCUUUGUUGCUAGUGAAAAUUUAGAUAUAGCUGAAAAUAUUCGAAGUACACUCACAUUAACAGGCACCGCACAAUUAUCAUCUCAAUUAGAUGAAGAAAUAGAUAAUGUAUCUAAAAAUCUUCAAGAAACAUAUUCAGAGAAAAAUUUUAAAUAUAAUGAAGAUAUUGUUCAAUCAUUGCAACCAUUUCAACAAGAACAAGUAAAUGUUGAAGAAAAUAUUAAAGAAGAAGAUCCGGAUCUAGUCUAUAUGUAUGAUCUAUUGAAAAAAAAUACAGGAGAUAUUUUUACUGACAGUAUUCGUCGUCGAGCCGGUCUUCGUAAUACGUUUGCUGUACAUCGUCGAUCAUCUCGAGAUGAAUCAGAUAAUAACAAAGUUCAUUUAAAUAAGCAUUUUAUUUCACGAACAAAUACUGAAAUUACUCCACGAUCAUCACUAUCAAAAUUUCGUAUAUCAAAUAAUUAUGAUGAUCAUGAUUAUCAACAAAAUAUGAAUAUACAAAAUAAAUCAACGACAACUGUAACACAAAAAAAAAUUGAAAAAGAUAUUGUUAAACAUGCAUCACGAAUAAAAACAACACAAUCGAAAGAUUAUUAUUCAUUAGGUAGUAAUCAAAAUAGUCAAAAUCGUCUACUAUCGUCGCAUACAAAUAGUACCAGUAAUAUUCAAAUGAAUUUUAAUCAACAACAAAAUAAUAAAUACAAAACAAGAUUACAACAUCAGUUAACAUCAGUCAGUUUAGUAAGUAUAACUAUAUCUAUAUACACUAGGGCCUCGUAUUAGAGAUGUGCAACCCGAUCCGAAGAUUAGGUACGGGUACGAAGUUGUCGGAUACGGAUAGAGCGGUUACGGGUACAGGUUUCGUUUUUGUUUAAUUUAUCCGAAAAUCGUAAACUUUUAGUGGAAAACUCACAAAAUUUUAUUGAAAAAAUAUAAAAAUUUUAGUUAAAAUACAUGAAGUUUUAAAAAAGAGUUGAGAGCGUAAUGAUAAUUUGACAUCUCCCAGGCGAAAAACAAAACUUUUUAGUUGGAAACCGAAAAAGCGAUAAUUUUUAGGCAUAAAUCAGGUACGAGUCGGGUAAGGGUACAAAAUUCUCGGAUCGGAUCGGGUACGCGUGGAAAAAAACAUUUUCGGGUCGAGUACGGGUACGAAAACGGUACCCGUGCACAUCUCUACCUCGGAUGGACUCAAAAUUUUGAGACCAUUCCACAUCGAGUCCAUUUAGAAUUUUUUUUCCAGUUCUUUGUAUUGGAACGUUGGAAUCCAGUUCAGUCUACAAAAAAAAUCGUUCAGAUAUAGUGUUCACAGUUUUAGACUGAUACUAGUCUUAGAAGUCGUCCUCGUCUUUAGCGUAGCAUUUAACGGUCUGCGAACUAACCGUUACAGAUAACGUUGUGUAGAGGCGUGGCGUAUACAGUCGAAAAAUGACAUUUAGAUGCACUCACUCAUUCAUGAAUCCCCCUGAACUUCAGGAACCGCAGUCACUUUAAUGAUACAAAAACAGUAUGAAUCCAAUACAGUUUUAACUGCGCUGAGAAAAGGAUUCGUGUACUUAUUUAUCAAUUUUGGAUCUUUUAGAUGAUGCACUCGCACAUUACUACUGUAGAUACAAAUCCAUUUCUUAAAUCUUUAGUUACUAUGUGAUAAGCUAAGAUGAUAUCAGAGUGAAAGCUUUUAGUGCACUAUAUCUUAAAUUCAAUUACUAUUCUAUAGCCAUUGUCGCAUUAGUAGAUGUUUAAGUACGUGAUUAUCCUCAUAAACAUUUAUUGAACGAUUAAGUCGAAAUGUAUCAUCGAUCAAUCAUUAGAAAGUCUAAAAUUAAUUUCGUUAUUUUCUAUUUUUUGUGUUUCGGUUAAUAUGACCAAAAUUAACAAUCAAGUACGCCAAAGGGACAAAUAAAAUAAAUUAUAUAUACUUACAUAUCACCAGUUUAGGUUAAUUUUAUCAAAUUUGU